AAAUCACGUUCAUUGUUUCUUUUUAUUUAAACUCAAAUCACGUCGAGAUUGUUGGAGAGGCGAUCACACACAGCCAGCUGCAUUUUUGAAUUGAACGGGUAAGCGGCAUCCGUGCGCGAUCUGAGCCGUUGAUUCCACCGAACGCCCCCGGCUGCUACGACACCUCCGUGUGGGGCCCACGUGACAGCGACCCACUCGCCCAACACUCCGCCGCUCCAUUUAAGGCCAAGCUGUUUGCACGCAGCCACUACUCGAAGACGAAUCGUAAAAGCUCAAAAAAAAAAAAGAGAAAAAAAGAAAAAAAAGGGAGACGCGGCCAUGGCGGGGACGGGGAGCUUCAAGGUGACGAGGAUCUCGGAGGGGGCGGUGAAGCCGGCGGCGGCGACGCCGGAGGAGACGCUGCCGCUGGCGUGGGUGGACCGGUACCCGACCCACCGCGGGCUGGUGGAGUCGAUGCACAUCUUCCGGUCGGGCGCCGACGCGGCCCCGGGCGUCAUCCGCGACGCGCUCGCCAGGGCGCUGGUCUUCUUCUACCCGCUCGCCGGGCGCAUCGUGGAGCCCGAGGCCGGGUCCCCCGCCAUCCGGUGCACCGCCGACGGCGUCUACUUCGCCGAGGCCGCCGCCGACUGCAGCCUGGAGGACGUCCGCUUCCUGGAGCGCCCCCUCCUCCUCCCCAAGGAGGACCUCGUCCCCUACCCCGGCGACGACCGCUGGGGCGUCGAGCCCCACAACACCAUCAUGAUGAUGCAGAUCACCAAAUUCACCUGCGGCGGGUUCGUGAUGGGGCUCCGGUUCAACCACGCGUCGGCGGACGGCAUGGGCGCGGCUCAGUUCAUCAACGCGGUGGGCGACAUGGCGCGGGGGCUCCCGGAGCCGAGGGUGAAGCCGGUGUGGGACAGGGAGAAGUUCCCGAACCCGAGCAUCAAGCCCGGCCCCCUGCCGGGGCUGCCGGUGCUGGCGCUCGACUACAUCGUCCUCGACUUCCCCACCGGCUACAUCGACGGCCUGAAGGCGCAGUACAAGGCGCACAGCGGCAAGUUCUGCUCCGGCUUCGACGUGCUGACGGCGAAGCUGUGGCAAUGCCGCACCAGGGCACUCAACCUCGAGCCCGGCGCCACCGUGAAGCUCUGCUUCUUCGCCAGCGUGCGCCACCUGCUGAAGCUGGACAGGGGGUACUACGGCAACUCCAUCUUCCCGGUGAAGAUGUCAGCGCCGAGCGAGACGGUGCUGUCGUCGUCGGUGAUGGAGGUGGUGGACAUGAUCCGGCAGGCGAAGGAGAGGAUGGCGGUGGAGUUCUUCCAGUUCGCCAAGGAGGAGACGGAGCAGGACCCGUUCCAGAUGACGUUCAACUACGAGUCCAUCUACGUCUCCGACUGGAGCAAGCUCGGGUUCGCCGAGGUGGACUACGGCUUCGGCCCGCCCAAGUUCGCCGGCCCGCUCGUCAACAACGACUUCAUCGCCUCCGUCGUCAUCCUCAAGGCGCCGCUGCCGCUCGACGGCACGCGGAUGCUCGCCAGCUGCGUCACCAAGGAACACUCGGAGGAGUUCGUCCGCGGCAUGAAGGAGGACCUGCCAUGAACUGAGCAAAUGAGGUGAUGAGCUUUUUUUCUUUUGUUACUUGAAGCUGCUGCUUGUGAGCUGAAGUGAAGGGCUUCUUCUAAUAGGGAGGGGAACACAUGCUGGUGAAAAAUGAUGUUGUUGUAAGAGGCGUAUUUUGUUUGUAUUUAUUUGUUUCUUUACUCUUGGUUAAUACGGAUUCGAGUUAUGUUCUUAGACAGUUUAAUAUUUGUACCAUUUGAUAUGGGAAUAAAAGAAAAGAUAUACUCUCCAUUUGAUUA